AUGGGUGCUGCUUAUCAUAUCAUGGGAAAGACCGUCCAGCCACAUCAAUUGGCUCUUGCCACUCUUGGGUUGGUGUCGCUUUUAGUUCUUCCAAACCCGUUUGCUGCUAAACCUAAACACCCAUCAAUCAACGCUUCCUCUCCAGAGGAAGAGAAAUUCGUCAAGGCAUUCUUGGAGAAGCACGCAAAGGCUGAAGAGAAACACUAG